AUGAGAAGCUUCAUUUUGGGGACAGCUUUGUUUCUCUGCAGCCUCAGCUGGAUCUCUGUUUCAGGUUCUGAGUUUCAGACUGUGGAGGUCCAGCUUGGUGAAGAAGUCACCUUGGAGUGCUCCAACAUUUCGAGUCAUCCAACACAAACAGACUGGUUCAAAGUUAUCAACAGAACUAAGCCCAGUUGUAUUGCUGCUAUGUAUGGAUCUCAGGGCAAAGCUUCAUUCUGUGAUGGAUUUCAAAAUGGAAAAUUCAAUAUGACUUCCAACAACACCUCUGUGUUUCUUAAAAUCACACAAGUGAAUUUAUCUGAUGUCGGGCUGUAUUUCUGUGGAUUUUACGUGAAUAAGCAUACGGUCAUUUCCAAUGCAGUCGAGUUAAGAAUUCAAGGCGGUGAAACCAAUGAAGGAGAGGAUUUUAAGACUGAAAAAGAGCCUGAUAGCGCAAACCUGAUGAACAUCAUUCUGGGCUGUCUGACUGGUUUACUGACUAUAGUGAUCAUCAUUCUGGUUCUAAAAAUCUGGAAACUUAAAGCUGUCUUGAAAUCCUCAAAGGUGGAAACCAAAGUCUCAGUUUUCAUUUCCUCUGGCACGGAGAAAGAAAAAAGAGAGUGGUGGGAGCGCCACUUCCUCCUCGAUGAGGGAGCGGUGGAAGUUUAA